AUUAAGUCAAAAUAAUAAUAUUAUACUUCAUAAUCAAGCCUAAUAUGUAAAUUAGUCAAACUAAUAAUAUUAUACAUCAAGAGCAACUAUAUCAUAGCCACGCUCCACGACCAAGACCCAGAUUACACGCUUGUCAAAAGAAAUGUGCAGCAGCAAUGCCCUAGGACAACUUCCCAGAAGCGAUCCCCCAAUCCUCUUCACUUUUGCCCGCUUCACUCGCCCCGAAAGCUCUCCCCACUUCGUCUCAUUCCGGGUCGGGCCAAGACGGUGGCCCGUUUUCCGGUGUUCCGCGAACGACGUCGUUUCGGAGCGACAAGCCAUGAGCUUUUACGAGUUGCUCGGCAUACCCCAGACGGGUUCUCUAACAGAAAUCAAGCAGGCGUACAAGCAGCUCGCCAGGAAGUACCACCCGGACGUGUCUCCUCCGGGUCGGGUCGAGGAGUACACGCAGAGGUUUAUUCGUGUGCAGGAAGCGUACGAGACGCUAUCUGAUCCUAAGACGAGGGAAUUGUAUGAUCGAGACAUGGCCAAGGGGGUUCACCUCGCCUUUACUGCCCGCAAAUUUCAUGAGCAGAACAUGGAUGACAAGGCUGAGUGGAAGAACCGUUGGCAGUCUCAAUUGUCGCAACUCAAGAAAAAAAGUAUGCAAAAGGAUUCUGAUGAUGAUAAUAUGUCAUGGGCUGCAAGAAUGAGGAGAGGAAGGAAUNAAACAGCUCUAGAGGCCGUGAAGCAUUGCUUUUACUGCAUAAGUGGAAAGAAAUUGCCUAUUACAUGUUAG